GCUCCGAGCGUCAGUCGGCUCCGGGAGCUCCGGUCGGCAACUCGGGAGUAAAGGGUGUACUUCAUGGUCACGCGUGGGUCGCGCUCCCUAGAUUGACUGAUCAACAAUCGGACAUUUAUCGCGUGGGGGUCAGUGACGUUAUUAGUGUUAGUGUGCUCUGGAGAGUUGUCGCUUGGAAAUAAAGGGUACGGAGCGUUAUCUACUCAGCGCUAGAACUCGGCAAUGCUGCUGCCCCGGUGUUCCAUCCACCAGCAUACUUCUGAGUCUUGUACUUCUACCUCAUAGCUUUUCGUCAUGGCUCAAUUUUCCUGUAAAUGGCUUUUCCUGCUCCUGUGUGUCUUAUAUCGUGUUAGAGGUUCAGAAGAGCCGGAACCUGAUGACGAAGACUUGCUGGAAGACCCGCUUCCGGCCGUAUCCGGGAGUUCGGACCACCACUCGGUGCCACUCCCCGUGUUCCUGGAGGAACCCACCGACACCUACGUCAUCAAGAACAAACCUGCCGCUCUCUCGUGCCGAGCUGCGCACGCGCUUCAGGUCUACUUUAAGUGUAAUGGAGAUCGGCUGCAGACAGCGACCGGGGAACUCCACCCCCACCAAGAAUUCGUGGACCCUCAGACCGGCGUGAGGAAUGUGGAGACCGCCAUCAACAUCACCAGAGACGAUGUGGAGGAGUACUUCGGCAAAGACAAGUUCAAGUGCGAAUGCGUCGCCUGGUCCUCCCGUGGGCAGAUCCGCAGCCAGCCCGCCGUCAUCGACGUCGCUUAUUUAAAGAAGCAAUUUGACUCACCCCCGUACUCUCAGAACGUUGAGAUGGACCACCAGGCUGAACUGCGAUGUCACGCUCCUCCCGGGGUCCCACCCCCUCAGAUCUACUGGCUGCGGAACGGUCUGCCCCUGGAGACCGACACCAACGUGAUCGUCAGUAGUGAGGGACACCUGCUUAUCAGUCAGGCGAGGCUGCAGGACACUGCUAACUACACGUGUGUGGCCGAGAACAUAGCGGCUAAGCGCAUCAGCGACCCGGCGCUCCUCACUGUAUAUGUGAAUGGCGGCUGGUCCUCCUGGUCCGCCUGGUCCGAGUGUAACUCUCGCUGUGGUCGCGGGAUACAGAAGAGGUCUCGCCUGUGUAACAAUCCCCCGCCUCUCAACGGCGGCCAGCAAUGCUCCGGGCCAGCGCUGCAGAAGUCAGACUGCACGGCUCUCUGUCCUGAGGAGGCUCUGUCACCGGCAGUGGACGGGAGGUGGUCAGCGUGGUCAGGUUGGAGCGCCUGCGGGCCGGACUGCCGCCAUCACAAGAGGAGGACCUGCUCCAACCCUCCACCAUCCAACGGCGGCAGCUACUGCCAGGGCAAGGAUACGGCCACUGCCAACUGUACUGGACCUCUAUGUGUGGUAAUGCGCGAUGAACCGAGUUCCUUGCUGACUGAAGAAGCGAGCAAUGCUGAUGCCGACAUGAAGGUUGCUCUCUACAUCGGUCUGGUGGUGGCCUGCUCAGUCUUCAGUUGCAUCGCUACUCUUCUGUUCCUGCUCCACCGCCGUAAGGGCAGAGAUCACAGCAUGUACAACAUGGCAGUGUCCGAGUAUCAACCGGAGUAUCUGCCCAAUGAAGAAAAGAAGACGUACCAGGUAGAACCUCUUCAGCCGGACCUCACUCGAGGAACUGUCAUUCCCGUAGCCGUCCCCAGCUGCUACGAGUACCCCUACUCCGAGACCGUGGACAAGUACCCGUCCAUGCAGCGCUCCUACAGCGACCAUCACUACGACGUCCCCCAUCUGCACAGUCCCUACUCGCAGAGCCGCAGCACAUACUCAGACUCAUGUUCCAGUGGUGACGGUUCAUGUAAGAGCUGUACCUCGGUUUGCGGCCUCAGCGACUCAGACAGCGUAGCUACUGGAGCUGUAACGUUUGCAGGAACCCGUCUUUACUUACCGGAGUCCGCAACGUCUCUGACUAUUCCAGAGGGAGCCUUGCCCAAAGGAGUCAAAGAGCAAGUCUAUCUCGCAGUUCUUCGAGAGGACCGUCACAGGCCCAAGCUAAGAGAGGGAAUGACACAGCUCAGUCCCGUAGUGCUGACAGGUCCAGCCAACGUCACACUGAAGAAGCCCGCAAUCCUCAGCAUGCAGCACUGUGCCAGCCUGAGUCACGGUCACUGGAGGAUAGCUCUGUGGGGAUCAGACACGCCCCUCGAUCUCAACCCUGUCUGGCAUGAGGUGGUCACGAUAGAGGAGGAGACUAUCAACACGCCAGUGUUUGCCCAACUGGACGAGCGACAUCUGUUCUUGAUGACCGAGCGGUUGACGAGGUUCGUGUUAGUUGGAGAGGCAAGCAACACUUCUGUCGAGAGACCUUUCAAAAUUCUAAGGCUGGCGGUCUUCGCACCCCUACCGCUCUCCCCUCAACCCCUUGACUACGGCGUGCGCGUGUACAUCCUGGAGGAUACACAGGCGGCUUUGGAGGGUGUGGUGCAAAUGGAGAAGCAACACCGUGGAUGUUUGAUGGACAAAACUAAAUCACUACUGUUCCAAGAAGGAGGUGCCAAUCUAUGUUUAAGUCUCGAGGACAUCAGUCCUGGCUGGAGAAGCAAGCUACAAGCUGAUUAUCAGGAGGUACCGUUCCAACACGUGUGGACUUCUAGCCAGAACCACUUGCACUGUUCCUUUACCCUCGAGCGGACCGAGCGCAUGGCACCUUCUGUGUCCUUCCGUGUCCUCGUCAGUCAGAACGGCUGCCACUCCCAGAGGCUCGUCUUCAGAGUCAACUCCGAUCUCUCCUCUGACUCCACCAGUUCUUCCUUCGGUCCGCAAGGAUGUCGAACUGUUACAAGCAGUAGUGGAUGUGGCUCCAGUGUGACUACCUGUGACACAAAACCAUUCAAGUUCGGCAGAACGCUGAGGAGGCAGUUAAGUCAAUGUCUAGACCCGCCCAACACCUCAUGUAACGACUGGCGGAUGUUAGCUCAGAGACUCAACAUCGACAGAUACUUAAACUACUUUGCAACGAAGCCGAGUCCCACAGAACACAUCCUGGACUUGUGGGAAGCCAGGCACCGGGAACCGACGGCCGUCACUGACUUGGUGAACAUCCUGAGGGUGAUGGGUCGGAGUGAUGCAGCGGCGCUCAUCGAGAAACAGCUUGGGCCUUGGCUCUAGACUAGCGGCCUAACUGGUGGACAUAGUCAUCAUUAAUUGAUAAUGAUAACGUGAAGCCAACGAUAAUGUGUCCGAGGGAGUACCUAUUGAGGUCUCGCUUACAACGCAAUUUUCUGGUACAAGAGGCUGUUUGUAGACACGUAUUGUAGCGGUCGAUAAUGUAGAUCGCUUUUCCAGAAAUGCUGAGAGAUUUUACAUCCCUGAUACUAAUUUUGAUCAUGCUAAUAUUUAAAAACAAAUUUUUCUUCAGUAAUAAUUUUGUAUAAUGAAAUAUAAACUUCAUAACUGUUUCAGUUACUGACAGUACUCAUGGAUUACUCAUAUAAAACACUAAAGUUCCUAACUAUAGUAAAUAUUCUUUGGGUUUCUUAUUAUUUUUCGCUACAUUUUCCUAAAUGAACUGCUAUAAUAAUUUCUUGUGUAAAGUAAUACAACGAGAAUACCUCUUCACGAAUUUAUCUUGGUACAUAAUAAUUUAACUGUAUGUAUUAUGGACAAGCUGUACAUUUCUAACUAUAUCCUAGGUUAAGGUAUGUAAAACGAUUUAAUGUACAUGGUCGCAGUAUAGAUUCAGUGUAGGUUGCAGGUAAUCAGGAAGUGGGAAAUUAUGUAUAUCUUUAUGUAAUCACAGCGGUUAUACUGGACUAUAUCCUAAUAGCUACAGAAGGCAGAACACUUAAAGUGAAGUAUAGCUAUUAGAAGUUUUGCCCAUAUUUAUUAUUAGGGUUUGAAUUUUUUAAUUUUAAAAUAGUACUAAUAUUUUUAUAUACCUUUAAAAAUUGAGGAGUGAUAGAUACGUUUUAUAAAACAAUGUAACAUACGUUCAUUCAAACAGGAAUACAUGUUUCUUUGGCAAGACUCGUAUUAAAUGUUGGUUAUCGUUUUAGAUUCUUAGAAUUUUGCAAGUCCAAACAAGAUGGUGCAGUUAGCGUGAAUCAUUUAACAGUUUUAAAAUAGUGUAAGAAUUUAAAGUUUGAUAAAGUAGUUCCUCAGGUAGAUGACUGCCAAACGAAGGUGACAAUGUUCCAGACUUGUUCAAUUGAACCGGAAUUGAUUGAGUUGGUUCUUUAAUGAUGCCUAAUCCAUAAAAUAUUUUUGUAUUUCUUUUAUAGAGUCAAUAUAUGUGCAUAGUGUAAUAGAUUUUUAUAUUAUUUAUUUGUGAAUGAUUUUGUAGGUCUUUAUUUAUGACAAAGAGAUAACAAAGUUGCUCUAUGUAACUGAACAUAUUAGUAUAGUAUUUGUAGAUUGUUGUACAAUAACUGUAAAGGAGAUGUUCGUGUCUUAGUAGGAAUGUAACAAUGUACAAAUGUAAUGUAUAUGUACUGUGUACAUAGGAAUCAAUCAAUAAAUAUUUUUUACAAGACA